GACGAAAAAACUGACUCCUGAACGGCAACUUUGGGACCGUCACUCCUGUUUAGUGAAUUGUCACUGGAAAAUUGCGGUGAUCAUCCGUUGGUUUCAUGCUGGCCGUUGCCGCCUGUUGUGGUGGAAGAAAGCUUUCAGCCUUCUCUUGUAAGGUAGAGUUCACUAGCGUCUCUUCAAGAUCCAUCGUCACUUUGCUGCCCGCGCUUUAUCGGCAGCCCGAAGCCGCCUGUCAGCCACGCAAUAAGUAGCCAGCCAUGUCUAGGGAGGAGGAGAGCACAAAUCAACCCGAAAUGACGGAUUUCGAAGGGUUGGACGAGGAGGAGGAAAUCUUUGACAACGACGUGGGCGAAGAGAACGCGGAGGAGUCCAAGUUCGACGAGAUGAUCGGAGUGCUGCAGGAUAUUCUGAUGGACCCCGAAUUUGUCGGCAUGCAGCGCAAGUUCUGCCGCAACAAUUGCGAGGUCUUCGACAACGUGUCUGAGAACAAAUUAAUCUACAUGGACAUCUUCCAGCAGUACACCAACCUCAUCGAGACGUUCAUCGAGCGGAGACUGCACGAGAAGCUCGAGUACUUCUCCAUGGAAGAGUUCUGUAACCAGAUUCAAGAGCAUGAAGACGAGAUUCCACCGGAUAUUACCGAUGUCCUAUUAAGUAGUUCGGAUUUUGAAGAGUUCAAGAACCUCAUGCUCUCGUUCAAGCAAAACGAAAACCCGUGCAUCGAAAUUACCGGAGGUGCAAUCCUACGUUGCAAUCACUAGGCGACGAAUCUCUCUUAACGAGUUUAAAAACGAAGCAUCUCGCUCCGACAUUCGGGGGGUAUUGCUGAGACUUGGGAAGUCAGGCGUCUAUAAUGUAAUAUUACUACAACUCGCACCAGUG